AGAGAAAUCCUUCAAGACUUGCUGCCUGAUAUGAGACCAGCAUUACUGGGAGCAAAAAUCCUGUUUUAAUCCUCCUGCCAACAGGAACCUAAGGAGAUGCUGACUCUAAGCAGCCAGUACCAUGAGCGUGUGCGCUCCCAGGGACAACAGCUGGAGCAGCUUCAGGAAGAGCUGGAUAAACUCUACAAGGAGGUGUCCAGCGUUCGAGCAGCCAAUAGUGAGAGAGUGGCCAAGCUGGUAUUCCAAAGGCUGCACGAAGACUUUGUGCAGAAACCAGAUUAUGCACUGAGCUCCGUGGGAGCCUCCAUCGACUUAGAGAAGACAUCACAAGACUACAAAGACACAGACACUGGUUACUUCUGGAAUCGCUUCAGCUUUUGGAACUAUGCACGGCCGCCCACAGUUAUUCUGGAGCCAGAUGUCUUUCCUGGGAAUUGCUGGGCUUUCAAGGGUGAUCAGGGCCAGGUGGUGAUCCGGCUGCCAGGUAGCGUGCAGCUGAGUGACAUCACACUUCAGCAUCCACCAUCCAGCGUGGCGCACACAGGUGGAACCAACAGUGCCCCCCGAGAUUUUAUGGUCUAUGGUCUUCAAGUGGAUGAUGAAACUGAGGUCUUUUUGGGCAAAUUCACCUUUGAAGUGGAGAAAUCAGAGAUUCAGACUUUCCACCUACAGAAUGACCCCUCAGCUGCCUUUCCCAAGGUGAAGAUCCAGAUUCUAAGCAACUGGGGCCAUGCCCGUUUCACAUGCUUGUAUCGGGUCCGAGCCCAUGGCCUGAGGACCAAGGGGACAGGAGAUAGUACCACUGGGGAGCUCCAUUAAACAUGAUACUACUGAA